UCCCUCUCUCAUCUCUUUUCCUUCUCUACCGUUUCAUUCAUCAGCAUCUCUUCCAGUUUUUCUUCACCCACGCCCUCCUCCACCGCUUCUCCGUUCCGUGAAUGAGCUCCUCUCAGUCUGCGCCCUCCUCCUUUGAAAUUUUCUCCCUCCUCUCUGGAAGAUAAAAGGCUACGGGUUUCUUUUUUUCUGAUAUCACUUCUCACCUGAAUUCAUCUUCACUCACACUCUGUUCUUCUAACCCUCUAUCUACAACGAGUUCUUCUCAGUAACUUAUCAUAAUCUCCUCCCUCCGUUUCGUCACCUCUGUUACCGUUGUUUGCGAGCAGUGUCGUUAUCAGUCGCAGGUUUCCAUUCUCAAACCAUGAAAUCUGAAUCUUCAUACUCAUGGCCACUCCGAGCAUCAUCUCUCGCGGUCUCCCUACUCUCCACGGCGCACGGCGAUGACUCAGAUAUCGUCUCCACGGCCUAUCUUCCCUAAUUUCAUCUUCACAGCAGGUUAGGUCUGAAUCCUCGGCUGCCAUUAUUCCCUCAUCACCAUCUCAGGCCACGCUACAUUCAUAUUUCAAAGAAACAUUCAAAGAAUCAAGGAUGUGGAGGGUGUGAGCAUUUCCUUUAUGCAUGUGUGUGCUCUUGCCAUUGCAGGAUUAUGGUAACCAGGUCAGCACUACUCCUAGCAAAAUUAAGCUUGGACUGAGGUUGUAUAUUGUUGCUCAGUAUUACUUAGAGAAUGAAGAUGAGGCAGAAAAUCAGCAAUAAAGGGGUGGUUCCUUUAGUUUUGACAUUAAAGCCAUCUUAUGGUGAAAGGGAAAGGAACACUAUAAAUCAUUAUGGGUAUGAAUAAUUUUCUGAAGUGAAAAGGAAAACGGAUAAAAAAGAAAUCCUCAGUUGCUUCAAACAUUUGAAGAUUAUGGUGAUGAAGAUGACAUCAACUUUGAUAAACAGGUAUGCAUCAGAGGAGAAUAUAACUGGCUUCUGUAAUUCGUCUCAAUUAAAAGUAGCAGACUUUUCAUAUAAUUUCUUAGUUGGUAGCAUACCAAAAUGCUUGGAGAAUCUUCAAAGUUUAAGCUAUCAAGGGAACUGCCUGCAGAGCAAGGACAUCAAGCAGCGGCCUUCGAUGCAAUGCGCUGGUGCUUCACCUGCCAAGAGUCAGCCAGUGGUGAACCCAAACCACCAACCUACUGAACAUAUGCCCAAGCAUCAUGGAUCAUCAAAACCUUCUUGGCUUUUAGCUAUAGAAAUAGUAAUGGGAACUAUGGUCGGUUCUCUCUUUCUGGUUGCUGUUCUCGCUGCUUUCCAGAGGUGUAACAAAAAAUCAGCUAUCGUUAUUCCUUGGAAAAAAUCUGCAAGCCAGAAAGAUCAUAUGACAGUUUAUAUAGACCCUGAGAUGUUAAAGGAUGUGAGAAGGUAUAGCAGACAAGAUCUUGAAGUGGCAUGUGAAGACUUCAGCAACAUAAUAGGGUCCUCACCAGACAGUGUGGUCUACAAGGGGACCAUGAAAGGUGGGCCUGAGAUUGGUGUAAUUUCCCUCUGCAUUAGGGAGGAGCAAUGGACAGGGUACGUUGAACUCUAUUUUCAGAGAGAGGUGGCAGAAUUGGCUAGGCUAAAUCAUGAGAAUACUGGAAAAUUACUGGGGUAUUGUAGAGAGAGCACUCCGUUUACAAGGAUGUUGGUUUUUGAUUAUGCUUUAAAUGGGACCCAAAAUGUAGCAAAGUCAAUGGCGAAGUACCCAAAACCCAUCACCGAUUAGCCUCCAUUUGCUGCUGUAGUUUUGACUUGAUUAGCCUCCAUUUGCUGCUGUAGUUUUGACUUGAACCCCAUCACCGGUACUUCAUAGGAACCAUUUGAUUUUAUAGUAGCAGCUCUUGCAAAGUUUGUUGAUUCAGAACCUGAAGGUUUUCAUCCACCCCGAGGAAGACAUAUCUUGGCUGGAUUUUACGUUCUCAUUCCCAGUGAAGCAAACAAAGCAAGUGCACCUGGGAAUCUAAUAAGGUGGACUGAGGGUUUCCAUAUGAAGAUACAGUAAUUCUCUUUACCUUGAUUAUGUUUUCAAUUUUUUUUUAUUGAACAUCUUUCAUGCUGUCAUUUUAUCUUCAUUAUAUUGUGAUGCAUCUGAAGACUUCCACGAGUCUGUCUCGGUUUCACAUACACACUAGCACAAUCCUUUUUGCUUCUGUUAAAGGUAUGCUUUGGUAUUGAAUGAAAACAGAGAAACUAAAGGGAUAAGGAAGAGAAUGGAAGAGAGUUAGGGGGUUAUAGAAUGAUUGUACUUCCAUUUUAUUGGGCAAUUUAAAAUCUUUCAAAAGUAGUAGAAGCUUGAAAUUUCCAUAAAGUUGAACAUGGAAUGCUUGAAGCUCUCCCUUCCCCAUCCUUCUCCAUCCAAAUCAAACAUACCUCAACAUUUUUUUAUAAAACUCUGAAUCUGAAAUUACCAUCACGAAUAAGUGCUAAUCUCAGACCACAUGAUGUAUCACAGUUGCCUUGCAGUUCAUGGUUCUGCAGACCCAGUUAUCCCUGUCAAAGAUGCACAAUAGUUUCCCAAUAUUAUACCUAACCACAAAUUACAUAUCAUACAUCAUAGUUACACUAAACACCAAGAUGAGCUCGACUUCAUUGUUAUGAUCAUGGUUACUCAUACACUUGAUUCAUUUCUUGAUUCCAAAAUUAAUUGCAAUGAUUUGUUUGAUAUUAUUCUUAGUUUUCAAAUUAUAGAUGAAAAUCAUGUUUCCGCCUGGGAUCUUCUACCUGACAUAUAUAAUUGUUCAUCGCAUUAUUUGAUAGUUUUUGGAUAAUGUAAGUUUCCUCUAUUUCCUGGAUCAUUCAAUUGUGGAAUUUAAAAGAAAUAAUUCUGCGUUGACUGCUUACCAUUAUCUAUUUAUGACAAGAUUAUCUAUGCUCGUGCCUACACUUAUGAGCAUCACUACAACCUCCUGCAUGCUUUGGCCGCUAAAAUGUUUGAAGAACCAUUCAGACUUUUGGUGUGAUGUUACCGAUACUGAACACAGUUAUCUUCAAUUGGUUUAUUAUGGGAUAUGGAGAGUUAAUAAAAUUGACUGAUGGCAGACUGUAGAUUCAAUGAUUGCUUUGUUUAGGGUGGACUUUUCAGGAAAAGGAGAGCUUGCUGAGCGCCGGGUAUAUGAAUCGGUCAUUUAAAUUCAUUUACAACAACCUGUUCCCUUCUCUAUGUCCAAUUUUGCGGAUAUGUAAAAUAACCAUUGCAGCAAAAACUGGCACAAAUUCAUUCUCGAUUGAUACAGAUAGCUGAGGAAUUCAAUGUAUCAGUUUACAUGACAAAUCCAGGUAUUCUAUGAAACUUACGUGUUAAUUUCCCCU